CUUCAGGAAAGAAUACCACCAAUGGUGGAAGAUUUUUUGUAUAUAUGUGACGGCGCUUACACGCAAAGGGAGCUGAUCAAAAUGGAAAUAAGUAUUUUAAAGAUAGUCAAUUUUGACCUGGGAAUACCUCUCUCUUACAGAUUUCUUCGACGUUAUGCCAGGUGUGCCAAGGUGUCUAUGCCCACGUUAACUCUGGCUCGGUACAUACUGGAACAUUCUCUGAUGGAUUAUACAAUGAUCAGGUUUAGCGAUAGUAAAAUGGCAGCGGCGGCGUUGUUACUCGCGUUGCUAAUGAAGGACUUGGGAGGAUGGAAUCCAACAUUAGAAUACUAUAGCGGUUAUAAACUUGACGACAUAAGAGAUAUUUGCAAUCUUUUAAACCAGAGUUUGCAUAGGAAACACAAAGAAGCAUUAAAGACUGUCCACAGCAAGUACAGCCACAAGAUUUUCUUUGAAGUAGCAAAGCUGCCCCUAAAAGAGACUUUAGACAUAUAAAUAGAAAGAGUACUGAAGUAAGUCAAAAAAAGUGCUCCAAAUUCAGUAUAUAAAUACAGGCAGAUGAAUCAUCUUGAUAACAAAGCAUUAGAAAUUAAGACUAGUCGCGUAUCGAAUUGUUGGACAACCUAGACCUUAGUUAAGUGAUCAUUAGCAUGCGAAUAGCGGCGCUGCUCUCUAAAUUGUAUAAUGCGUGAAACAAAGGCGUAAAAAACGUAAAAAAUCUCGAAUGCAUGUCAAAAAGUUUUGUCGCGAAACCUCAUUGAGUUUUUUACGAGUACACUAGAUAGUAUAUUGACUCUCAUUAUCUUUAUUAUUAUUAUUUAUAUAUACAUAUAUGACGCAGUAAUCUAUAUCAUUUUACAGUCUUUGCUAUUUGUAUAAGUCAUUUUACUAAUUCUUUUCUUUUUUUUAUUAAAAAUUUAUUUUAGCGCCACGCUUUUGUACCUUGCGAGAUGAAUUCUCAACCCGAAAUUUCAUCGGGUUUUUUCAAUAAGCGAGAAUAGACUGAAAAGUAAUGCACAUGUGCUCGAUCGAAUUGCUCGUAAAUGAAAAGAUGUAUGUUUUCAAAAUUUAAAGGAAAGAAAAGAAUAAAAUUUAUCUGUUUUUUUACAUGAUUGCCUUAUAAACCACAUAAAUUCUUCCCAGUGAAAAAUUUUUUAUGCGUAACGCCGUUCGCUUAGCUUUACCAUCCACGGAAGAGUAAGACACACCUUUUGAGAAGAGAGAUGCAAAUCCCACGACGGCAGAUUCAUCAACCUAAAUUGAAUGUUUUACAUCUGUCGCAGCAGGCUUUAUUGUCACAUGAUUUUGAAGCAUUUGGCUUCAUAUUUAUAAAAUUUUGCCAGUCUGUCGAUUAAGUUGCUUAUUUGUUAUUCUAUACACUAGCGAAGAAAAUUCAUUAUUCUGUUUUGUUCCGAGGGUCCACCGUGCCUCGAGUAAUAAUAUCAAUUCAACACUCUAAACAAUGACUAAACAUUAAAUUGCGUGUAUUAAAUCUAAUUAACAUAAUAUGCUUAACUAUUUAGACAUGUACUUUUUGAGAAUCAUCGAAUAGAGCAAAUUUUUUGCACAUUUAUUAGGAGUAAUUGAACGAACACAACAUACUGUCCCUAUCUUGUGCCUCAGGAUAAUUGACCGUGUGCGUUGCUUUUCAGCCUGUCUCCUCGUAAUUAAUCUUAAUCUUUUUUCGAUGUCUUUCACGACGAAAGAUAUUUUAGGAUUGUACUACCAAUCGCCGAUUGAUAAUACGAACAUGAUUACACGAAAUGAUUGUGCGACAGGUUUCACCGGAGAUACUGCCAUGUAAAGAGGUGUGGCGCGUUGUUACGUAUCAUUGUUGUAUUUACAGUUAGGUCUCCGUAUUUUUUCCUUGUCAGGAUCAAGCUUGGCUUUUCUUGUCUUUCCCCUUCACAGUCUCCACACAUUCCAAUAUUGACGUCCUAAUCAUUAGAAUAUUGGAAGUUGAAGAACAGGAGGAAGAACAUAGAGAAACUGACUUAAUUUCCGGUAAGGAAACGCAUAGCGGAAGCCCGACUGUAUGUAGACUGAAUGAAGCUUAUGUUGUUUGAUGAGAAACUAAAAUUUCUGUUACACGGUCUUGCUUAAGAAAAAUGAGAUAUUUAAUCGCAGACGAUCAGACGAGGUAAAAAUUCAAUUCGAGACAGGAUAGCCUGUGUCUAAUCUCGUUCUAUUUCUACAUUAUGGCAAUUCGGUUAGAUACAAUGUAAACUUCCUGUUUUGUACAUUUCGCGAAGUAAGAUCUCUUUUCCAUCGUAAACACGUAAUUACUCAAUUUCUGAGCGGCAAAUGUCAGCCAUUUCCGCUGGCAAAUGUGGUAUUAUACGAGGUAUAUCUAAAAUUUACACACCAGUUAAGCUAUCGUUAAUUUAUCAUUACGAAGAUAUACCUAUAGUUCACUAUUCUAAAAUUUAAAGGAGAAAAGGUUGAUUUAUAUACUCCUGCGUGCCAAAACUAAGCGUGAUUAUAAAUUCGAAAAGAAAAACUCGCAAUCCAUAGACCCGACGUUUCGAAACCUGUAAAAGCGUACUGGGUGACAUAAUUCUCUUUUCCGAGAACAAUUCAGGUAAAAAAAAAUAGAAAUCAAUCAAUAGAAAUAGAAAUGAGAAAAAACGAUCUGUGAUAUUAACAUUCUCUCAUAAUGUCACAAAACCGAAACGAUAAGUGCGUGUGUCGUGCAUUUUUAUUUCCCUAAAUACAGGGUGGCCACGAAAUCUCUAACUGAAGGGCUCGGUGUAAAAAAAAUGAAACAAGUCCAUAACUUGGACGUUUUAUUUCGAAUAUGAUUUUUGCAUCUAAAAUGAACCUAUCACAUUCUUGCGUUCGACGGGGAGAUUGCUUAUCACAUUUGGAACUCUUACAAUAUAAUCUACUUAUAUAAUCAGUAUUUAUUUAUAUUUUGAAUAAUUUGAAGAAAUACAAGAGAGACGAAGCAUUAAAUAUCUUUAAUGCGAAGAAAUACAAGAUAAAGCAUUUACAAAAAUAAUAUAACAAUCUUUUAGUGUGUACAAAAAAUAAAGUAACUUAGAAAAAUAAGAAUAUAUACAUAUGUAAUUAAUUACCCGGUAGAUCAAUAUGCUCUCGAUUGCUCUCAUAACCCAAAUCCCGCGCGCAACACCCUUUGUACUUCUUAUUUGAAUGAAAGAAAUGCUCAAAUAUUCAGUAUAUGGUGAAUAUGUAGAGCGUAUUUGAAAAAUGAAACAAAGGAAUUUUAUAGCUACCCAGUAUAAUACAUGCAGUAAUUUUUGAGCAGCAAAUCCAGCAAAAUUACUUAUAUACAGUAUUUAUAUUAAUACUUUUAUGCGAAAAUAUGAUAAUGUAACGCGCACCUCCGGAACAUUAACUGUCGUUAGAUUUCUUAGUUACCUCAAAAAAAAAAGCGAAUAUAGAUAAAUAAAAAUUACAUAUACUGUACAUAUAUAAUCAAUCGCAGAUUUUCAUCUGUAUAUAUAUUGUACCACUAUUUAAUUAAGGCAAGAUCAAAGUAAAUUGAUGUAAUGAAUAUAUAUAUUAUAUAUAAAUAUAAGAUACAUGCGCGAUCAUAAAAUUUGGUCUAAAUUAGGCUAGUGUGUAUAUAAUUAGUAAUAUAUUUUUCUACUAUCGAUAAAUUGACGUUUAUUACGCUGCGAUAAAAGAUGUGUGUAUGUGCAUUAUAAAUAAGAUGUAAUUUAAUAAAAUCGUAAGAACACUUA